AUGGAGUACAAUCACCCCGGUCCACGAGUCCAUUCCACAUUUCGCAAUCAACCCAGCUACACCUACUUCAACAAAUCAAUUGCCGACCCCAAAGAUAAUGUCUAUCUGUUGCUAAAUGAAAUCGAUGCCCAUUUUAUGGAACCCCAACAAUUGGCGGAUAAACGGGGCUUUGAAAAUGUGACAAUAAUUGAUCCUCGCAAUCAGAAACUGGUAACGGAUAUCCUUUAUGAUUACACCACCAAAUAUAGUACCAAAGUAUUUUAUUCUCCUAGACCAUCCAGUUUGAACUUUGCCCAGCAUAGUAUUGGAAUGCGGGUUGUAAAGGCACGCCAAGAAGGAACAGAGUUGGCAGAGGAUGAUUACUUGAUAUGGCAUAAAAUGGAAAGUAAAUUUUUGAAAGAGACUCAGGAAUUUCAGAAAUAUGUCUAUGAAUAUCAUCAGACAAAUAAGGAGGUGAUAUAUGCUCCGGCAAGAAUGCUCAUGGAUUUGUAUAAGCUGUGGUAUGGGAGGAAAGCGGAGAAGUUGUUAAAACGAUACUCAGAUUUGUCAUAUAACACACAUUUAGGUUUGCCUCAUGUCAGGGUGUGUAAGGAAGCCCUCAAAGAACAAUGGGCGGAAAUUGUUGAGGUUCAAGUGAAGACGGAAAUGAAUUUGUCAAUGAAACCCGACCAAAUGGAUUUAAAACAAGUUAAAAGAAAUUUGGAAAUAUUUUUCCAAAACUAUGUGGAUUCGGAGAGCAGGAAAGAGGAGAUGGAAGAUUCAACAAAAAAUGAAUUUGUUAAAAGUUUGGGAUCAACUGAGGGGUUCCCCUUGUUUUACAUACCCUUGGAUUCUUUAUUAUUUCUACUGACGGCUGGUGACUAUGUGGAUUUGCCCAUGGAGAUGCUAUUGGACAUAAAGGAAAAGGAAGGAGAUUCUGAAGAAAAAUAUAUAAUUAUGGAUUUGCCAUUGCCGGCAAGGCAAAUGGGAUGGCAUACAUGGCAACUGGUGGUAGAGUCAGGAGCCACUGCAUAUCUUUGUCGAUCUUCGGAGCAACAACAAAAAUUAAAGGAUCAAGAAGAAGACAAUGCAAUGUUAACUGAUUCCCAGGAGAGUAUUCCCUAUGUACUCAAAACAAUUGAGGAUUAUAUGGAAUCUCUAGCCAAUAGAGAUGGAGAACAUUGUAAAUUUUCCCAAUCCUGUACCAAAUGGCAGCUAAAGGCCAAAGAUAAAGAUUUGAUACAACACAUCCAUACAAUUAUACCAACAAAUCUUGCCAUAGAUUCCAUUAAAUUGGAAUAUAAACCCAAAUUCGGCUGUGAGCUACAAACCAAAUAUGAGUUACUAAGGGCAUGGUUGAAACUAAAAUUGCUGAAUAAUAAAUCCAGCACCUGUCACCGCUUGGAUGUGAAUAAUUUUCAAACAUUGCUGGCGGAACGCCAAACUUUGGAAAAAUUACAAUUUCAAUUAUCCACCACCUAUCACAUACAAAUACCUCAAUUACUCAGCAAUCUCUAUGAGUUCCUAAAUCUCCUCACGCAAAUGCCUUGUGGUCAUUAUAUGUUGCGCUAUAAUCCCAAAUUUCGUGAUAAAUUUAUGCUUUGCAAACCCUCGGAGGAGAUUACACAAAAUACCACCAACAUACAUCAAUUGUUGAAAACCGAACCCUCCGAAUUAUUGUUUAUGUCACAACAAAGUUAUCUGCCCAUUGCCGAUAAUCUUUGUAGUCUAAUGCAUGUUCAACACAAACUGAUACCAUGCACCUUUCGACCUUUGGGCAUGAAGCAUCGUGAUGAGAAGUUAACUAAAAAGCUAACAAAAUCUCCCAUCAAUGAUCGCAAGCUUAUAUUGGAAAAAAUUGAAAUGAAGAAAAAGUCGGCGCGAGAUCAUUUAAAUGCUAUGCGUAAAACACGAAAGAAGAAGGCCCAGAGAGCUAAUAAAAGAAAACGUGCCCAGCAGCAGCAACAACAAAAUGGUGACGAGAAUGGAUUUCAAAAAGAAAUGGAGUUGGAUCAGCAGAUUGUGGGCCAUUAA